AUGCUUUCACCGACAUCCUUAAGUGCGAGUCUGCCACCUCCUCAGCCCAAUUUCUGGAACAAAUUCAAGCCUAAGGGCAAAGAACCAGAUCCCAAACAAGGACCGAUGGCCGUUGCACGCCCACGAUUGCUGACUCUCGCCUUCGGCGAGAUGGAGACUCUGCGGAUGCUUCCCAACAGUUUCAACGAGCUCAGCGCCGCUGCCCAUGACUGGGCGAAACCACCUCCUGGUGCAGAGUUCAACCUACGAGUCCCAGUGGAAUAUGCAUCAAUACAUGCCGCUCGGCUGGUGGCAGGACCCUACAUCUACCUUACAGGGGAGGAUUCAUACCAGAUCGCGAUAAUGGGUGUUAACGGUAUACGCGUUGAGAUUGUCAGCGAUGCACCACCGCCGCCUGAUGAGCCUCCGGCGCCACCGCCGCCGCCUGUUCUCGAAAUGCCCGGCACCUUCAAUCUGGAACUUACGCCCGGUCAACAUGUUGCUUUGGAUGUGACAGUGAGCUCGGAUGAAAUGGAUAUGGCGAGGAUGGAGGAUGGAACACUGGUGGACGGGUUGUUUUGGGGGAAAUUGGAGAUAAUCCAUUCGGGAGACACGCACAGUUUGGAAUUCAACGGCUCUCGAUUUACUGCUGGUGAAGAUAUCAACCCGGAGGCAGUUCUCGACCCGCGUGUCUUAUCGAAGCUGGCUACCGUCGCCAAACCCGCAACAGCGAAGUGCAACCUGACGAUUCUUUCACCGGCCGUCCAAUACUGUGAUGUUGUUCUCACGUUCUCACCUUACUGGAAAGUUGGAAUGGCAUGGCCACCGCCGGAGCGUCUGGAGGAACAGAAGGUCAAGUAUUUCUUACGUGUGCAUCCUGGAGGUGCGCUAGAACACUUCGAGAGUGAGAUGGUUACCACUGCUCUGUAUUAUGAGGCAAUCCCCGAUGCCUCGAUGGUGGACCCCACCAGUUUUAUUGCUCCCCGCAACGGCUUCGCGAUGUCUUUCGAGGAUUUCAUCCCCCAUUUAAUGAACGUAUUGGAUCAAUUAGGGAUGUCUCUCCAUGCCAAGACUGCAUUCAUUAACAACAACAUGGCCUCGUUCGCUGUUCACAAGAAUAUUGCGUACAGGUUCCUUGGUCCUAGCAAGGUAGCAGCAGCCAUUGAUAUCUCGAUCUCGGCGGAGCCCUGCAGCUUCACACGAAUUUUCCUCAUCUUCCGCGGUCUAACCGACGAUGAGAUGGGCGUGUUCGCAGGUGCAGGAGAGAAAGAGGCAAAUCAGCACAACUGGAGAGAAGUCGUCGGAUGGUCAGAGCACUCGAAGGAUCCAGAACUGUUCCGGGUCCUCGAGACAUCGGUCCUGGAAGUCUUUUAA